AUGUCGGCUGGAGGCUCGUGGCAAGGUCACCAGCUGAGCUCUCCGCUGGGGGUGGAGGACCGAAGCCAGGACAGAAGGCGGAUGUUUCCCAGUUACAAAGUGAAGGUGACGGGCCUUAACCCCAAAACGAAAUACAUCCUCCUCAUGGACAUCGUUCCCGCGGAUGACCACAGAUACAAGUUCGCAGACAAUAAAUGGUCUGUGACGGGCAAAGCAGAGCCCGCUAUGCCGGGCCGCCUUUACGUGCACCCAGACUCGCCGGCCACUGGGGCACACUGGAUGCGGCAGCUGGUCUCCUUCCAGAAACUCAAGCUCACUAACAACCACCUGGACCCAUUCGGGCACGGCGCCAGGCACACCAUGGCCGACGCAGACGAGGGCUUUGGCCUGGCACACACUCCCCUGGAACCUGAUUCGAAAGAUCUACCCUGUGACUCCAAGCCCGAGAGCACGCUAGGGGCCCCCAACAAGUCUCCGUCAUCCCCGCAGGCCGCCUUCACCCAGCAGAUCACCCAAUUAAAGAUUGAGAAUAAUCCCUUCGCCAAAGGAUUCCGGGGCAGUGACGACAUGGACCUACACAGAAUGUCAAGAAUGCAAAGUAAAGAAUAUCCCGUGGUUCCCAGGAGCACAGUAAGACAGAAAGUAGCCUCCAACCACAGUCCUUUCAGCAGUGAGCCUCGAGCUCUGUCCUCCUCGUCCAACUUGGGGUCCCAGUACCAGUGCGAGAAUGGUGUAUCCGGCCCCUCCCAGGAUCUCCUGCCCCCGCCCAACCCAUACCCACUGCCCCAGGAGCACAGCCAGAUUUAUCACUGCACCAAGAGGAAAGGAGAGACCGAUGAAGGCAUCAGCUCCCGGGCCCAAGACUUUACUGACCAGCCCAAGAGCCCAAGAGAUUGGAUCUACCCAGCAGGGGCUCUGGGGAGCUCUUUCCAGCCGGAUGUCCGAGGUUUUAUAAUGAAGACGGCUGCUUGA